CAGCACACACACAUACACUUUCAGGAAAGAAGAAGCACUGAAGCUAGUGAAGGAUGAAGAUCCUGCUGUCUGCUUUUAUCAUUUUGUGGCUAAAUUCUCUGGGACUAUCUUAUACUAUAAGUUUACUUCCAUUCUUCAGUACACAGCCUUACAUUAAUGCUAACAAUGAACCAACCUUCCGAUGUGGCCCUGCCUCUAUUGGUGGACAGGCUGCCUGUAACAGUAACACUGCUCAGUUUCGACAUAAUAAUUCAGUCAUUAAUACAUCAUCAAGCAAGUAUGAACUAGAUACUUUUUAUGACCAUGCCAGUCUUACGGUACACAAUGUUGUACCAAGUGAUGGAGGAUGUUAUGGAUGCUCAUAUAUUUGCAAUGGCACUAUAGUAAAUGCGGAUAAUGUGUGCCUUACUUUCAUUCCUCCUAUAGUAUUUCUUGUACCAGACAAUGCUGUCUAUUACAGUUUUGUUGGUAGCAAUGCAACACUUUUGUGUGACGCUCAACAUUAUUCUAAUCUACAGUGGCAGACUGCAUCCGGGAUUGUAAUCCAAUCAAGUCAUAAAUAUAGUUUCCAGGGAAACAAUUUGGUCAUCAAUGACAUUACUGUCUCUGACCAAAAGUCUUACAUCUGUGCAGCUAAUAAUGACAUCACUCACAAAACUAUAAUAACUGCUAGAUUACAAGUAUACAUGAAGCCGGUAGUAACAGCUGUCGGUAAUUCUAGUGUUAGUGUUUAUGAGGGAAAUACGACCACAUUCGUUUGUCAAGCUAGAGCUGUUCCUAGACCAAGCAUUGUAUGGGCCAAUGAGAAUAAUAUUCACAUUGGUGACAGAAUACAAAGCAAUGAAGUUAAUAUUGGAAAUGACACUGUACUAAGUACUUUGACUAUAUCUUCAACGGAAAAAGCUGAUAGAGGUCCUUAUAAGUGUACUGGUGCUACUGACAAUGGUACUUCAACAGUUACAUUUCAUUUGAAUGUUAAGAAUAUACCGGUGCCUUCUCUUCAGCUGCAUCAGCUUAACUUUAGUUCAAAUAGUAUCACUGUGAGAUGGGAAGUGUUUGGAGUCCCAGAAAGUGAAAGUAUAACGAUAUCAUGGAGACUUGCUGGACCACAGAAUGUAACUUUAGGCAAAAGAAAUGUCUCACAGAGCAGCUUCUCUCUCUCAGUCUCUUCUUUACUACCUAACACUACAUACAUUUUCACUGCUACUCUGCUUGAGCUAGUUGACUCUGUCAUUAUUACAACGGAUCCUGAAGAGUAUUCAUCGUCUCCAUCCCCUUCUAUUGUUAAGAUGUCCCCAUCAUCAGUUUCAUCUGUAGUAACUGGUAGUCUUUCCCCAUUGAUAUCAUUUCCUAAACCCACCAUUGAUAUGUAUUCAUCUUCUCUUGAUACAAUACCCUCCACUCCAACUCCCACACAACUCUCUAUUCCAAACAGAAACAACCAACCGCUAGGGACUGUUGUUGGGCUAGUUCUAGGCAGCAUACUCUUAAUACUCAUCAUCGUAGUCUUUGUAGCUGCUGGCUUCUGUUUGCUACAUCGCAAGGAAAGACGAAAGACAUCGUUAAAUGUACAAAGCAUUGACAAACAGAUAACAGUUCGCUCGGACUGCAAUCUAUUAGAGUAUCCUAAAAGGAAUGGGCUCUCAUUGAGCAGUUUAAACUCGCCGUAUCACGGGAACGACAUCGAGGUCCAAGCAAUGACACCCAACCCACAGUUCAUGGACGAGACAAUUUCCGGUCGCCCUGGCUUAUCUCAAGACUCUGUCUCUGUUUACAACACCUGCUCAUCUUGCCCACCUGUCAAUGGAAGAGCAACAGAGAAUGUCUACUAUGUCGAUUCUGAGGAUAACUUUGAAAUGACAGACAAUCCUUAUUUCGACUUCGACAAGGUAAAAGUAGAUCUCGAUUCGGCAAGUCAAAUUUAUUAUGCAGAGUCUGAAAAUUACGACAAUAGAUUCGAGUACAGCAAUAAUAGUAAUUAUGAGUCUUGUCUCCCUCCUCCUCCUCCAUUUGCUGUUUACGAUUCAAAUUUGAGUCUAUCAAGAACGCAGUCGCCGAGGUUUCAAAUAGUGAGCGAAAAGAGAGGCGAUGUUCGGGAAAAGGUAGACCUUGUUCAUCAGUACAACUGAUUCUUCUUGGUUGGUAUUAUUGUGUAGACUAUGUAUCUAUUUUAUUUUAACUUCAUUCUAUUGUGUGAAUUAUGUAUCAUUUACCCUAAUAAUUUUUGUUUAUUAAUCAUAAUAAUUGAGAUGUCCUUGCCCAUCCAAAAAAUGAGCAUAGAUUUGAUUUUUAA